UUGACCGAUUGUAAUGAACAACAGUUUCACACACGUGUGUCAUCUUUCAUACUGCUGAAACACGCGUCAACAGUCCACAAGUGGCAAUUGUUUUCAACAGUCAGGCUUCCGUGAAAUUAUUUUAUUUAUUUACUUAUUAAUUAAAUAUACAUAGUAAAGAACACAUCGGCGUUGCUCAAUAGAUACUUCAUAGUUUGGGCCACGGAUCUAGUCUGGACCAUAUUCAUUCCAGAAUGAUAGGGGUAUCGUGCAGCAGUGUUGGACUUGGUCUCCUUAUCAUACUUGUUGUUUUAUGUACUGUCAGUGGAGCAGCGAGAUAUCGGGCUAAAUACACUUUAUACAUAUUUUGUAGUUUUUUAUUCGCCACAGCACCUAUACCAUUGAUGUUAUUACGUCCUCGCGAUUGGAGAAAUGCACUCAUACCGGCAUGGUUGAUAACACGAUUUUCACGUAUGAUUGGGUGUCAUUUUAUUCUUAUUGGAAAAGAGAAUAUUGUUAAAGAUACUGGUGCAGUUGUUCUUAUCAAUCAUCAAAGUUGUUUGGAUGUUAUUGUUUUAGGGGAAUUAUGGCCAGUCCUCGAACGCUGUACAGUUAUUGCUAAAAAUGCUGUUUUAUACUUAGGCUCUUAUGGAUUAGCUUCGUGGUUAUGGGGAACAAUAUUUAUUGAUCGAAAAAAUUCAAAUGCUCAAAAUAAAGUGAAUUCAACUAUCGAGAUUAUUAAGAAGAGAAGGGCAAGAGUACUCUUUUUUCCUGAAGGUACACGGCAUUCAAAUAAUACUUUGAAGUCUUUUAAAAAAGGCGCGUUUCAUGUAGCUAUUGACUCUCAAAUACCUAUCCAACCUGUCGUUGUAUCUAAAUAUUACUAUAUCAAUCAUAAAUUAAAAAGAUUCGAUUCCGGAGUGAAUUAUAUAUCAAUUUUACCGCCUAUUUCUACUGAAGGAAAGACCAAAAAAGAUAUACCUUCACUGAUGGAACAAUCUUAUCAAUGUAUGAACGAAGAAUUUAAAAAAAACACACAAGAAGCUAUAGAAAAUUUCAUGGCUGAUAAAAAACAGUGAUCAGUUUAAAAGUUAUUCUCAACACAGUUGACUACUCAUUAUCAAUAUAAUUUAACGAAUAAUUACUCAAAUAAAUUUUAAUGCCAGUUCAAUAUUAGGUAAAAAUUACGAUUAACUACAUUGAAAAUGUAUAUAUUUUGACAGACCGGUGCCCUUCCACUUCAAUUUUCGUUUUAAUGUUGUAUAGUAAAUAAUUAUAUUUUAUAUAAUAUAUUAUAAUACAAAGUACACUAUAUUAAAUAUAGGAUUACAAAUAAAA